AUGACUAAUCUUGAUGAGUUUCUUGAAGAGCUAAGUUCUAUUGAAUCACAUUCUCAGAAAAUCGUGAAGAUAGAUGAGCAUUUAAAAAAGUUGGAUGAAGAGACGAAAGAAGAUGAAGAUGAAGAUGCGGCGAAGAUAAUUCAAGAUCGGAGUACCGCGAGAGAAGCAGAAAUUGCUCUACUUAUGGAUCUCCGUCAGAACUUUCUUCCACCACCAUCGAUGUCAUCCUCCUCUCUUCAACCACCGUCAUCGUCAACUCUCGCACCAUCGUCAUCAUCCUCUCUUCAACCACCCGCACCGUUGAUAGACUUCUUUCGGUCAUCAGUGUCAUACUCUCAUCAACCACCGUCAUCUUCAACUCUCGCAACAUCAUCGUCACCGUCUCUUCAACCACCGUCGAUGUCAUCCUCCUCUCUUCAACCACCCGCAUCUUUGAGGGAAUUCUUUACGUCGUCAGUGUCAUACUCUCAUCAGCCAUCUUCAUCUUCAACUCUCGCAACAUCUUCGUUCUUUCCGUCGUCAAUGCCAUACUCUGUUCGACCUCCCGAUUCGUCUGAUCGACCAUCUUUGAGGGAAUUCUUUCCGUCGUCACCAUCAUCCUCUAUUCAGCCACCCGAAUCAUCAUCAUCUAAGCGAGCACGGCUUAGUAACAUCUUUCCGUCACCUUUAUCCUCCUCUCCGUCACCGUUUGUUAACCCGUUUCUCCGUCCGCAGGCCCAAGAACCAACAAUACCAAAUUUCAUAAACCCAAUACCACAGAUCUCUCCAGGCCUACCUGCUCUAUUCCCAAACCCUAACCCUAAUCCUAACCCUAACCCAAUCCCAAACCCAAUCCGAAACCCAGACUUGGUGUGGACAAAUAGGCUUCAACUAGUGUUUGAUGACGCAGUUGUCAGACUUGGGGGAUUAUUCAGUGCAACACCCAAAGCCAUAAACGAACUAAUUUCUGAAGAGGGUCUCACUGGUGACCAGAUCCGUAGCCACUUACAAGUCUUGCGGGAUCGUCAAAAGGCUAUUGCAGACAAAUUAGCCUUGGAGUGA